ACACUUUACGUGUGAAAUACCACCAAGAGGUUGAAGCCUUCCGGAAUAAACUGACACAAAUUCACCUUGAAAAAGAAAGGACUAUUUAUUGUAAUAUUUUUUAAGCUUGUUUUUUUCCCCGCCAUCUUCAACAAUUUUUUUGCCGUCAUGAGGAUUUGGAGUGUUGUGCUUUUGCUGCUUCACGCUUUGGUGGCGUCCAGACUGGUGUGCGGUGCAGCAGUGGACCGGUAUGACGCUGACAGGCAGCGGCACACCACUGUCGUCAACUUCCAGGACCUGAGCAAAGACGGAAGGCCGGAGGAGGAGAGCACAGGAGGUGUCGUAGCUGAGGAAGAGGAUGAGGAGUAUGAUGAUGAAUAUUACCUUGAUGGAGAGGAAUAUGAGGACAGCACGUCCGGUGAUGAUGAAGUGGAAGUGCCGAGAGUUGCUAUGUCAAGCAACCCCCAAGAUCCAUCUGCCAUUCUGGACGCGGUAGGCAGUGAAGGACAGAGAAGGAGAGGAAAGGGAAGAAAGAAGGGGAAAGGUAAAGGAAAGAAGAGGAAUCCUUGCCUGAAGAAGUAUAAAGAUUUCUGCAUCCACGGCACCUGCCAGUACCUGAGGGACAUCCGACUUCCCUCAUGUGUGUGCCACCCGAGUUACUCCGGGGAAAGGUGCGAGUUCUUCACCCUCCCCGUGGAGAAGCCUCAGGAGGGCUACAACCGCACCACUGCUCUGGCUGUGGUGGCCGUCGUGCUCUCGUCCAUCUGCCUCACCAUCAUCGGCCUUUUGCUAAUGCUCAGGUUUCACAAGCGGGGAGCAUAUGAUGUAGAGAAUGAGGAGAAGGUCAAGUUAGGGUUAGCGUCCAACCACUGAAGAGACAAAGAAGGGCAAAGGAGCGGAGAUACUACCUCAAAAUAGAAAGAGAAGUGAACCAAGGAAGGAGGUCCUGAAGAAAAGCAGAGGAACACAGACGGCUGAAGAAGGGAAACGGGGGGGGGGGGGGGGGGGGGUGUGUCCGCUUCACCCCUUGCUGGGUGUUCACGUCAAAAAAAGGAAAAAAAAAAAAGGACAGCUCAGCAUAUUCCUGCAGGCCUCAGGAGAAGGCGGCCAUAUCUGAAAAUGGAAUACUGGACGGGCCGGAUAACGGACUGGAACUGAAGUGUGGCAGGCACUAGGUUAAGACAAGCUGUAGGAGAAGAAGAAAAAGAACAAGGAACACUUGCUGCCUCCGAUUGUGUGAAGAGAAGUUUCGGACUAAACCGAAACCGAUUUCAGUUACAACAACAGCAGAGAGCUCAAUUGUGAAUUUUGGUCUGGAAAAGAGGCAAAAACAGGCAGCAUUUUAUAUUUUCCUGCACAAGCGCAUUCUUUUUUUUUCUGUACAGUAAACAGUAUAUUUAUACUUUUUAAUUUAUUUAUUUAAGGUAACUGUAUUUAUGUAGGCUUUAACCUCCUUCAACACUUCAAAAUGUAUGUUGCAGUUGUUUUUAUAUUCCUUAGUGGACAUUAUUUAUUUCAGAAAAAUUACAAUGCUUGCGGCUCCUGGAGAAAAAAAAGUGUUAUAAAAAAGAUAUCACCAUUUUUCAUUUAAUUUUGCCACUCAGAACAUGAUCAGUAGCACUGUGAUUUUUUUAAAGUUAUUUUUACUGAUUAGUAUUUUAUUUUUUGUAACUGUCGUUUUCACUGAAAACAAACAAUCUUUGCGGUAUUCUGCGCAAGUAAAUUGACACACAGCACAAGGGAGGCUUCAUUGGUUAUUAAUGACUCAUUCAGAGUUGUCUCUGUCUGAGUGUUAAUUGACAAAAUGGCUAUGAAACAUUAAAAAGGGAGUCCAAAAUAGCAUUUGGGCGUGGAGCCGAAGCACUGUUGAAAGAAUUUUAGUCUAAAAUUGUUGUUUUUGUCCUUGUCUUACCAUCCUUAAAAGAGAAACUCUUACAGCAACUAUCAAGCAAUACAAUGUGAAUUCAAGUGUUCAUGGCUUUCAAAAACUGCAUUCAGAUUUUUUAAAAAUGUGAUUUAAAUAAAUACAAGGAUUAGAA